AGUCCACCCGGAGUCGUCUGUUGCGUCGGUUGCUCGAGUCCCUUCCGUUGGCCAGAAAACUGGCGGCGGCUGGUGUGUUUGUUUUCGCCUCGUAGAUGCUGGCUGCAAUCGAGAAGCAAAAAAAAAGGCAUUGAAAGCAAUCAAAACCAGAGGCCAGCGCGGCAACAAGGAGAGAAAUUAAGCGUUAGAGCGGCAGGAAACAAACGGAAAAAAAAUCAGGCGACCCCAAUAUAAACAAUCAUCACAUAAAUACGUAAUCAACAAGCGGCCCCCCAAAAAAGCAGACAGCGACUCUUUGGCAGGCGGCCAACGCCACAGACCACCACCCACAAUCCACCACCCACCACAUCCACCCAACCAGUGAGCCACCCACCACAGCAUGUAAAGCCCAGUGGGCGGUGGGAGUGGCACACACACACAGACACCAGUUCGGAGGCGACUUUGGCUAGGUGUGGAUGAAGCGAUGUGAAGGCACAACAUUUUGCAAUAUUAAAGAACAGCCAAGGGAAGGAGGAGCCGGAGGAGCAGGAGAAGCAGGAGAAGCAGGAGGAGCAGGUGGGUCAGGUGCUGGAGGAACAGAACCUGUUGCCGACACGUCCACAAAGAGACCGGAUUGGGUGAAAGCCUGUCUGGCUGGGUGAAAGGUGAAAGCAGAGCGCCGCAACAAUGACCGUAAAUGUACUGGACUACGAUCACUUCGCCAUCAGCGCCAUCGUGGUGGGCAGUCUGCAGUUGGUCUUCUUCCUGAUCAACUCCGUGCUCCAAAUGGACAAGCUGACGGACUUUGCCGGCGGCGUGAACUUCAUCAUCAUCUCCCUGCUCACUUUCUUUCUCGGCCAAAUUGAUCGGCCUUCAAAGGCCUACGAUAGCCGCCAGCUGAUGGUCACGCUCUUCGUUUGCCUGUGGGGCGCUCGACUAUCGGGAUACCUACUAUAUCGGAUCGUGAAGCUGGGCCGCGACAAGCAGUUCGAGGAUACCCGCCGCAACAUCAUUCGCUACGCGGUCUUCUGGACCUUCCAGGCCGUUUGGGUGUAUAUUGUGUCACUGCCCGUAAUAAUAAUCAACUCACCGCGCCACUCGCAGCCACGUGCUCCAAAGACCAUGACCACACUGGACUCCACGGGCACGGGCAUGUUCAUCGUGGGCUUGCUGGCGGAGACCUAUGCGGAUCUGCAGAAGUUCUCCUUUCGCCAGGAUCCCGCCAAUCAGGGCAAGUUCUGCAAUGAUGGACUGUGGAGCGUGUCGCGGCAUCCGAACUACUUUGGCGAAGUGGUCAUCUGGUGGGGCAUCUUUGCCAUAUCGCUGAACGUGAUCAGUGGCCACGAGUGGGUGGCGAUUGCCUCGCCCAUUUUCACCACGAUGAUCAUCCUCUUUUUGUCGGGGAUUCCCCUUCGCGAACGCAGUGCCGACGAGAAGUACAAAGACCAACUGGAGUACCGGAAGUACAAAGCCUCCACCUCGCCGCUGAUACCAGUGCCACCUGCCGUCUACGUGGAGGUGCCCAGUGCCCUGAAGUUCAUCCUGUGCUGCGAGUUCCCCAUCUACGACUCCAUGCGCAUCCAGAAGGACCUCAGUCCCUACUCGCUCUCCAUAGCCCGCUCCCACUCGCACAUCUAGCAGUCAGUGGCCCACUCCAGCAGUGCGGCUGGUGUGGGUCAACUGAAUGCCCAUGGCCACUCGGUGGGUCACUCGCUGCACCGCGGACAGUGCUAUGGCGCCAAUGGCGGCGAUGCCGAGAGCCAUCACAACUGUGGCGGCAGCUGCCGGAAUGUGCACGUCAAGUCGAAUCCGUACCAGUGCGAGGCGGGCUAUGGACACUAUCCGGUUUGCCACACGGACGACGACACGGAUGACGGUAUCAUCUACAUGGACCGCACCCACUUCUACCACGACCAGGAGCAGUCGCACCAGGCGAAAUCGGUGGCGGUGCCCAGCACCAAGUGCAGCUACCUGGCCGAGGAGGAGCUGGCCUCCGACUACGAUGAGGAUGUGCCCGCCAUCGAUCUCAGCAAGGCCACCAGCGUGGAGAGCUUCGGCACCCGUGUGCAGACGGAGCACGCCGUGAAUGCCGAUGGGUUACCCGUAACAGUGACCACGAUUUUGUGAUUGCCACUCUAAGAUUGGGUCGCAAUGAACGUAAGGUUGUUCGGAUCGGGUUUUUAUAUCGCUUGUACAACAGGGUGGAACUGUUUUAUACCUUUGAAAUGAUUAUCUUCUUUCUAAUAUUCCAUAAAAAAGUAUCUAAAUUAUUCGCAAUUUUGGUAAGCAGAUCGAGUUAUUUUAAAUUUUGGUAAGCAGAUCGAGUUAUUUUAAAUUUUGGUAAGCAGAUCGAGGUAUUUUAAAUUUUGGUAAGCAGAUCGAGGUAUUUUAAAUUGUGGAAAGCGGAUAAAGUUAUUUUAAAUUUUGGUAUGCAGAUCGAGUUAUUUUAAAUAAGAUGGGCACAAAAUAAAUCAAAUUUAGAAGUCUUAAAAGUCUCAACUUCAGUAUGUAAAGGUAAAAGCUAAGAAUUGUUAGGAACUUGAAGGUAAAAAUAAUAUAAUUGUAAAUAUGAUUAUAUAAUGAUAUAAAGGAAAGUGUUAGGAGUUCCACCCUCUUGUACAGAACUAAAGCCGGGCUUUAAAGUGCUGGCUUGGAAUGAUGAUGAUCUUUUUUUGAUGAUUAAAUGCCAAAGUACCGCCGAGUACCAAGCAUCUUGGGUACUCACAGCUGUCUAACACUCUAGUCUCUAUGCUACUGUUGCUCAAAUAACUCGAAUAACUAAUGUGCCUCUUCUGUGCUCUGCGCAUCCCUAGAUUGUUGCACUCCUUCAAAGUUUACGCUAGUCUCUGUUGAAUCCGCGACCCCUCUUGCCCCAACCCACUUGAACUUCAACUAUAUAGACCUAAAGCCUACAUAUAUCUAUAUCUAUUUGUCAACUGCAUAUUGUAUCGCAUCGAACUGCGAACUGCGAACCACAAACCACACCCCACCAAGCGAAAGGAAUCGAAUCUGAAGCCAUUCAAACUGAAACAUAUCCCGAGGCAACGGCAACCCAACCAAGCAAAAGGUCGAUUUCGAUUUACACAUACAAUAAGUACAAGAAUUGUCGCAGUGAAUUACGAUAGAGGACGUUCGAUAGCCAUUGUUAUUUUAUAUACCGGAAUAUAUAUACUGAUAUCUACUAAAUAAACAAAUAGUAGCUAAAUCGAAAUAUACCCAUGUAUGUGCGUUAUCACAAAAAAAAAAAUGGUGUCUGUGUCUAGUUGGUGUCUCAAAUGUUAAGCAGUAUUAUACCUAAUGAACGAAUUGUACCUAAAUGAUUAUGCUGAGUAUGGAAACUAAUAAAACGAAACUAAACUAAA